UUGCCAAAUGAUGUGUCAAUAUACACGUCAAUAUCUUAGUUGUAAGAUUUGGAAAUGGAAGAAAGUCGCGUGCAAUUAUUGCAUCGCGGUUGCUGAUUUCUGAGGCAUUGAGGUAGAAGCUGAGCUUGAAUUUGAUCCGGGGUUCACUGAUUGAUGCUUUUCAGUUUAGUUCUGGUUCUAAGACGCACAUGGAAUCGUUCUGGAGCCACAAUGGCGCACCAGACACUUGGCAUUUCCUUGUCGUUAUCUACUUCACUUUUGGGUUUUUGGCUGCUCGGCUCUUCUUUGACAGAUUCAUCUUUUGCAAAAUUUCCAUCUGGUUGCUGAGCAAGGGAUCUGCUCCAUUGAAGCUCGAUAUGGCUACACGGGCAAAGGUUGUAAAAUGUUCAGAGUCACUUUGGAAGCUAACAUACUAUGCCACUGUUGAAGCAUGCAUUCUCAAGAUAAGCUACCAGGAGACAUGGUUCAGAGAUACAAAAGAGUACUUUAAAGGCUGGCCAAACCAAGAGUUGGGGCUUCCCCUAAAGCUUUUGUAUAUGGGUCAAUGUGGAUUCUAUACCUAUAGCAUUGGUGCCCUCCUUACAUGGGAGACUCGAAGGAAGGAUUUCUCAGUGAUGAUGGCUCACCAUAGGAUCUCAUGCAAUGACUUUCUUUUCAUUUUUCGGAUUGGCUCAAUCAUUCUUGCCCUGCAUGACGCGAGUGAUGUAUUUUUGGAAGCUGCCAAGGUUUUCAAGUAUUCUGAGAAGGAGCUUGCCACAAGUGUGUUCUUUGGAUUUUUUGCUGUUUCGUGGCUCAUACUAAGGCUAAUAUUCUUCCCCUUCUGGGUUAUAAGGUCAUCAAGCUAUGACCUUAUUGACUGCUUGGAUCUUUCGAAGCCUGCUCCCAGAGCUCUACUGUACUAUGUGUUCAAUACAUUGUUACUGAUGCUGUUUGUGUUCCACAUAUACUGGUGGGUUAUGAUAUGUGCAAUGAUAAGAAGACAGCUGAAAAAUAGAGGAAAAGUUGGAGAAGAUAUAAGAUCUGGUAAACCAUAUAUACUGUUUACAAGUUUGAAUCUUACAAAGCCUUAUACUGCUUAUAAAAUUUAUUGUGAGAACUACUUCAUUAUAAUUGGAAAAUAUAUUUCUUCUCGUUCACUCUCAUUGAUUCAGUAAUCUGGUUGAAUCUUACAAAGCCUUA